AUGAAACUGUUCGUAGCUAUCCUGGCUCUGGCCGUGGCUUCGGCCUCCGCCUCCGCCAUCAACAGCGUGGUCCACCCCAAGGACCUGCCUAAGGUCUCCAAGAUUGAGGGUCGCAUCACCAACGGCUACCCGGCUGAAGAGGGCAAGGCUCCCUACACCGUCGGCCUGGGCUUCAGCGGCGGCUGGUGGUGCGGUGGCUCCAUUAUCGGCCACGAGUGGGUCCUCACCGCCGAGCACUGCAUCGGAAACGCCGACUCCGUGACCGUGUACUUCGGCGCCACCUGGCGCACCAACGCCCAGUACACCCACUGGGUUGGAAAUGGCAACUUCAUCAAGCACAGCAACGCCGACAUCGCCCUGAUCCGCAUCCCGCAUGUGGACUUCUGGCACAUGGUCAAUAAGGUGGAUCUGCCCAGCUACAACGAUCGCUACAACGACUACAACGAGUGGUGGGCCGUGGCCUGCGGCUGGGGCGGCACCUACGACGGCAGCCCCCUGCCCGACUGGCUCCAGUGCGCCGACGUCCAGAUCAUCCACAACUCCGAGUGCGCCAGCUACUACGGCACUGGCACCGUUGGUGACAACAUCAUCUGCAUCCGCGUGGUCGACGGCAGGGGAACCUGUGGCGGAGACUCCGGCGGCCCCCUGGUCACCCAUGACGGCAGCAAGCUGGUGGGAGUCACUAACUGGGUGUCUGGUUCCGGCUGCCAGGCUGGUCAUCCCGCUGGCUUCCAGCGUACGACCUACCACUUGGACUGGAUCCGCGACCACACCGGUAUUGCUUACUACUAAAUAUUGGCCAACGAUUGAAUAAAUUAUAUUUGAAGAGCAA